UUUGUUGAGAUGUUUGAUUCCACCAAUGGAGGGAGUUUCAGUUUGUUCCACGACUGCAUUUCACUCACUGCCUCUGUUUGUAUCUCUGUCACUGCAGGACCAACAUGGAGCGAGAAGUCAGCGCUCUCAGGAGGCCGACAAACCUCACAGAAGAAAGGGAGAGAAAACCUACAGCUGUGACUUGUGUGGGAAGAAUUUUACCCGGGCUGAAAGCCUAAAAAGACACGGACUCAUCCACAGUGGAGUUAAAGCAUACAGCUGUGAGUUGUGUGGAAAGUCUUUUACCCUGGCUGAAAGCUUAAAAAAGCACCAAGUCAUCCACAGUGGAGUGAAAGCGUACAGCUGUGAUUUCUGUGGAAAUUCUUUUACCCAGGCUCAAAGCUUAAAAAAACAUCAACUCAUCCACAGUGGAGUGAAAGCGUACAGCUGUGAUUUGUGUGGAAAUUCAUUUACCCAGGCUCAAAGCUUAAAAGCACACCAAGUCGUACACAGUGGAGUUAAACCUUACAGCUGUGACUUGUGUGGAAAGUCUUUUACCCAGGCUGGAAGUUUAAAAACACACAAACUGAUCCACAGUGGAGUUAAACCUUACAGCUGUGAAUUCUGUGGAAAGUCUUUUACGAAGGCUGGAGGCUUACAAAUACACCAAGUCACCCACAGUGGAUUUAAACCUUACAGCUGUGACAUGUGUGGAAAGUCUUUUACCCAGGCUGGAGGCUUAAAAGCACAUCAAUUCAUCCACAGUGGAUUUAAACCUUACAGCUGUGACUUCUGUGGAAAGUGUUUUACCCAGGCUCAAAACUUAAAAAUACACCAAGUCAUCCACAGUGGAGUUAAAGCUUACAGCUGUGACUUGUGUGGAAAGUCUUUUAACCUGUCUCAAAACUUAAAAAAACAUAGACUCAUCCACAGUGGAAUUAAGGCGUACAGCUGCAACUUUUGUGAAAAAACUUUCAUUGACAAGCACUACCGAAAUAUUCAUCUACGGAUUCACACUGGAAAUGAUGUUUCCUGCUGUGAUCAGUGUGGGAAACUGUUUACAACAGGUGCACAGUUACGACGACACAUGUUUAGCCACACUGUGGGGAGACCUUAUAAAUGUGACCUGUGUGAGAAGACUUUUAAAUCUCCACAUCACCUGAAAAGCCACCAACAGAUCCACACCAGAAAGUAACUCUACUAGUGCAGUUACUUUGAGGUGUGUAUUUAGUUGUUAUCUUGUUAUUUUAACCUGAGUGUUUGGAACAAGUCUGAUCAGUAAACUUAUGGAGUUAUACUGAAUGAACUGUUUGGAAAAAUGAAGAGUCGUUUUCGCUCAGUAAGCUGAGUGUUAAAAUGUAAACAGUAAAAUGUAAUUGGACGUUGGCAGAGAUGCUUUUUAUUUCAGGCAACGUUCAGGAUAAAAAUGUUGAAGGAAUUCCCUGACUUACAAUGUCUUUGUUUAGAAGUGGAAAAGGUUUUCUUUCCCACCUCUGUGGUGGGAAAGAGUUUCUCUGUGACCUUUGUGGAAAAACUUCCAAUCAAUUAUGGGACCUAAAACCACAUCAACGUAGCCACACUGGAGUCAAAAUGAACUACCGCAAAGAAUGUGGGAGAGGCUUCCACACACCAAGUACAUUAAAAUCCACGAACUCUUCCACAGUGGGGCCAAAAAGCACUGUGACCAGUUUGGGUCAUCCUUCACCACUGGACAUGAGCUUAAAGAACAAGCAUAAGGGAAUCCACACAGGAGAGACACCAUACAAGUGCAGACACUGCGACAAAAGCUUCUCACUAUUCAAAUUCAAAUUUUAUUUGUCACACACACAACCAUACACAGUGUGACAUGAGGUGAAAUGGUUUUAGCUGUGCAAUGCCAUUAAAUGACAGUGGUUUUACAGUAUUUACAAUUUACAGGUUAUCGUAACAAACAUGAACGUACACACAUGGAAGUGAACUUCAGCUGUGACCAGUGUGACAAGA